AUGGAAGCAGAAAACCACACAGAACUAUCUGAAUUCUUCCUCCUUGGCCUCUCAGAAGAUCCUGAAAUGCAGCCUCUUCUCUUUGGACUAUUCCUGUCCAUGUACCUGGUCACAGUGCUUGGAAACCUGCUCAUCAUCCUGGCCAUCAUCUCAGACUCACACCUCCACACCCCCAUGUACUUCUUCCUCUGCAACCUGUCCUUUGUUGACAUCUGUUUAAUCUCCACCACGGUCCCAAAGAUGCUGGUGAACAUCCAGGUCCAGAGCAAAGGCAUCUCUUACAUAGGGUGCCUCACACAGAUGUAUUUUUUCAUAGUGUUUGGUGGACUAGAUAAUAUUCUACUGACGGUGAUGGCCUAUGACCGGUACGUGGCCAUAUGCUACCCCCUGCACUACACGGUCAUCAUGAACCCCCGCCUCUACGUCCUGUUGGUUCUAAUGUCUUGGUUCGUCAUUUUCUGGGUAGCCCUGGUUCACAUUCUCCUGAUGAUGAGGCUGACCUUCUCCACAGGCGCUGAGAUUCCACAUUUCUUCUGUGAUAUUGUUCAGUUUCUCAAGGUGGCACAU